CUUUUAGCGGCGAGCAGCUCGGCAAGCGUUACCAUAGAAACGGCCAUUCCCAAACAACAAACGCUGCGAAAGAUGCGCAGUCUCACUAAUCUUUAAACUACGCGGAUAGUCUCAGACCCACCAGUUCCUCAGGACCCACUGGCAUGGGAAUACUGUGCGGUCCGUAGCGCAGCAGCACAUAUACAUACCCGUGUGUGUUUGCUAGCAGCCGUAGUUUAGUGCGUAUUGAUACACCGCAGCAGAGGACCGCUACCGACACGUUUCCAUCAUGGUCGUGUCCAUCGAAGAAGUGUCCUCCUCUCUUGUGCGGGAAUAUCUCAGUCGAAAGGGACUCAAGAGGACCAUCGCCUGCAUGGACGAGGAGCAGCCCCGCACGGAGGCCAGCAUCAACAACAGAUCCGACCUACGACAAAUCCUUCACAUGGAGGGCCUUUAUAAAAAUAACAAGGUUCAGAAAAACCCUCUGAAAACAUUGCUGGAGAUUAUUGUGAAACAUCACAUUGAAAGGCACAAGAAUGAUAAGGCAGCCUUCAGUAGUGAUCCUGUGCCAUCUACCCUAGCUGUUAUCCGGAAUGCUGCCUCUACCUCUCCACCAUCACUGAUGAAUGAAACUAAGACAGUGGAUUGCACCAUUACCAAGUUAAGAUCCUUCGUAGAGGAGGAAACCUGUUCUUCUCAGGGCAUCAAAUCACUGCCAGCGACAGACACACCCUCCACUCAUAAUCAGACUGAUUUUUGGAGGGAUUGCUCAGAAAGCCGAAAGGAGCUGCCACUAAAUACUCCCUUCCACGGGACUGAGAGCUUCACCGGGAGAGAAUCAGAAAGAAAGACUGAGAGUACCCAAAAGAUCAGAACAAACCGUACUAGACGUGGCAUGAUGGCUGCACCGAUAGCCAGCACACCUCAGGAAUCAAACCGAAAAAGGCAGACCCGAAGGGUAGGGGUACCCCAGCUGCUGCUUGGAAAUGAGGAAGACAGCGGGCAUUCUGUGCAUGGGCCUCCAGAGAGUGGCAUUGCUGAAGUCAGCCGGCCGGGGUCCUGUAGAGAGAGACAGCAGUCACGGAGCACACCAGAGACGUCGCAGUGUGAGGAAGGCUUCAACAAAGUGGGAAAAGAUCAGCUGAAGACAAUAAAAGCAAAGUCACCGACCGGUCUUCAUGCAUAUGAUUUGGACAUGUCUGAGAUGAUUUUGGAUGACAUUGAUGAUGAUGAUGACGAGUUGCGGGAACUCUCCGCGGUGUCCAUCCAGGCAAGCAUCCCAAAGCACAGCUAUGCAGGCCGCGCUAUGGACCAACACACCGCCACGGCAUUAAAAGAGCUCCUUCUGGGCUCUAGCUCGCGAUUUUUCAGCAAUGAGUGGAGGAAUCAGGGUUUUACGUUCUCGGAUGACCUAAAAUACGGAAUCAUGCAAAAUAAGGGUGGUCCGUGUGGAGUUCUUGCAGCAGUCCAAGCCUGUCUUCUGAAGAAGCUCCUGUUUGAGAGCGCUGACAGCAGCGUUACAGGCCUUCAGAGGUUAAGACCUUCCAGCGCUACCAGAACACAGUGUCUCGUUUUAGCUGCUGCUGAGGUCCUGUGGAGGGCCGGGGAGGAGAAACAAGCCACUGUUGCAAUACAUUCAGAAAGAAAUCAUUUCAUCCCAACUGGACACUACAAAGCUGAGGGAGUACUUGAAAAGAUCAGGUGUUUCAGUGUGGAUAACUUCAAGGACCUGCAGAGGCUUUUAGAGCAACACAUUGAGCAGUUUGAGUCGGGGGCUUUAUCAUGCAUACUUUUAACCAUUUCCGCUGUUCUCUCUCGGUCUGUUGAAAAAAUUAGGGAGGAUAUGGACGUGCCGACCACCAGCCUGAUAGGGGCUCAUGGCUACUGCACACAGGAGCUGGUGAACCUGUUGCUGUGUGGACAUGCGGUUUCUAAUGUCUUCGACAACGAUAUGGAGUUAGACUCAGGCAAUGGCAACCUGACUCUGCUCAAGGGAAUCAAAGGCCGCUGUGACAUUGGCCUGCUGUCUUUAUUUGAGCAUUAUAACAUCUGUAAGGUGGGAACGUACCUGCAGACUCCCCACUUCCCUAUCUGGGUGGUGUGCAGCGAGAGCCACUUCAGCGUGCUGUUCAGCCUGCAGAGGGAGCUGUUGACCAAUCAGGACAGGGCUCAGGAGUUUGACCUCUACUACUACGACGGCCUGGCCAAUCAACAAGAGGAGAUCCGCCUCACUGUCUCUGUUGGCAUGUCGGCUCUGUGCUGUCAAGAUGACGACCCUGACCUCAUCCCUCCGCUGGAGCACUGCAUCCGAACAAAGUGGAAAGAUGCAUCUGUCAGCUGGAACGACACAGAGCCCAUUCUGUAAUUGGCUACAUGGUUUGAUGGUUCAGUAACCAUGGACAGGACUGCUAACCAAGGAUGUUUCAAAAUCAACAUUCUGUGUCACACAGACAUUUUUUUUU